AUGGCACAAACACCACAGCAGCGCCAGGCCAACAUGCGCUUUGCGAAGGCGCAGGAGAAGAAGAUGGGCCGCCCCGAGACGGUGCAGGUUGUCAAGCCGCGGGGACCGCAGAAGAGCCCCAUCAGCAAGGUCUGGAUCAUCUUGCUCGCCUUUGUCCUCUGCGGUGGACUGCUUUUCGAACUCCUCAGGAUGUUCUUCUAG